CUACUCAUAGAGUAUGAUAGAGGCCUUUGGAAUUAAAAAGGCCGUUUUGACAUUGACUUUCAAUCCAUUGUUUUAGUUGUUAAAAAAAGGGUGAUUUCGAAACGACAAUGUUAAAAAAACACCUAACUUUAAGUAAUUUAAUUUGAUGGUAUGCGUAUUGAGUACCCCGUGAUACAACCGUUAGACCCGAUUACAGGAUUUGUGCUUGAUGAAGUUGCCAUGAUUGCCUGUCCACUGAAUUAUGGAUUAUUUAUGAGAGAAACAAUUUUACCGUAUCUCACUACUCUACACUCACUGUUUGGUUCUGAUUAGUUCACUACUUUAAAAUGGCGGAAGACCUCAAUGGGGAAAGGUAUGUUUAGAAAUGCGCCCUCUAUCCUACUCUAUGUCAUCUUGUGCUCUUACAACCAAACUCCAAACGUUUUUCUAUUAAAAGCCCGCCCCUCGAGAGAACCAUAUUAAGCUCAUUUGCUACGUCCGGAAGACUUGUACAUCCGAGGAAACUCAUUGGAUAUAAUUUAGCAUACGUCUUCCCGCCAGAAUAAUGGGUUCCAUCUAGACACGUUAGCGUACGUUUUUUCGUAAAAGUUUUUUUUAUUAUACUCAAUGUACAUAUUGUUUGAUAUCUGAAAUGAUCAAACCCGACUAACAAAUGGAAUGGUAAAAUGGAAAACAGACCAAGUGAGAUCCCAAACAUAGUGCAGAAGCUAUUCACGUUUGAAGAAUACAAGGAUGACACAAUGCAUUCGCUGAACGUUUCCAUUCCAGAGGUCCUUGAUCCACAAUAUGGAAUGUAUGUCUGGCCUUGUGCAGUAGUGCUAGCACAGUAUGCGUGGACGCGUAGAGAAGAACUGCUGCACAAAAGAGUGCUGGAGCUUGGAGCUGGCGUCAGUUUACCUGGCGUGGUGGCAGCCAAGUGUGGGGCACAGGUGAUCUUGUCAGACAAUGCAGAACUUCCACUCUGCCUAGACAAUUGUAGGCGCACCUGUGAAGUAAAUGAUCUGCCCAAUGUUGUAGUGGUUGGGAUUACAUGGGGAGAAGUGUCUCCAGAGCUUCUCCUCCUUCCUUCAUUGGACAUUAUCUUGGGAUCGGAUGUUUUUUAUGAGCCUGAAGAUUUUGAAAGUGUUCUUGUAACAAUAUCCUACCUCUUGAGGAGAAACCCCAAAGCCCAAAUUUGGACAACCUACCAAGAGAGAAGUGCUGACUGGUCUAUUGAGGCAUUGCUGCACAAAUGGAACUUGAACUGUAAUAACAUUCCACUGGAGAAAUUCAACAGCAAAGAUCUAACUGGAUUUAAACUCCCCGGAAGCCACUCUGUACAAAUGAUGAUUAUUACAUGCAAGGGAAGCGCAGAAUCUAAGUGAAUGUAUGGUAAUCAGAGUUACACUUCAGUUACUGCCAGCAAGGAAUUAGAAAUUCCAAGCAAUGAUAACAUUCUAAAAAAUAAAAGCAUAUAACAAGG